UCAAUUUUGAACGAUUCUGAUUCAUUAACAUACGGAAGGUGGUGAGAACAAAAUUGGCUGGUAUGCACGUGUCAUGAAUCUGACGGUGAUUUUUGCGUAUGGACUUAUUUUACGCAAACACUUCUACGCAGAUAUGAGGCCCGAUGUAUUUUGUAAUGAAGGGUCCUUGUGAAGACCCUGUUCUGUGAGGAGCCCCCUUGCUGUUCUUGUUGGGACAGGAGCACUCGACAUAAUUAACAGGUGGUCCCUGCUGCAGCUCUGCUUACAUACAGCCCUGUGUGUCUGCAGUGUCUGUGCAGCUGCAGCUCACAGACAGUCUGACUCGUUGGGACUCCUGCCAGUCAAACAUGAAGAUGCUCUGGCUCACACUUCUUCUGACUCUUGUGAUGCCCGGCCAGACUCCAGUCACGGCCUUUCCUCUCCGCAGCAAAGACGAGAUACCUGCACAACGCCUCGCUGGACCGCCUGAAGCUGAGCAGAAGUUUGCAGAGGAAUAUCUACGCCACUUCUAUGACUACAAGCCAAAGUCACAGAGGCAGAAGAGGGCUGCAGACGGACAUGUGGAUAAUGAGUGGACUACUGACUUUUGCAAUAAGGUCCAAGAGAUGCAGCGCUUCUUUGGCUUGCCUCCAAGUGGAGAGCUGACCAACGAGACUCUGGCCGUGAUGAGGAGGCCGCGCUGUGGUCUGUCGGAUGUGGAGCGAUUUGAAGAGACAAUUCGCUGGAAGAAGAACACGCUCAGCUACAGGAUCACUGGCUAUAACUUUCCCAUCCCGGCCUCAAAAGUUCACAAAGUGUUCAGAGCAGCCUGGAAGAUCUGGUCCAACGUUGCACCCAUGAAAUUUCGCAAGAGGAACAGGAAAGAGGCUGACAUCGUCAUCUCCUUCCACAAUGGAGAUCAUAAGGACGGCUCACCUUUCGAUGGGAAAGGAGGGAUCCUGGCUCAUGCCUUCCAGCCCGGCUAUGGUAUCGGAGGAGACGUUCACUUUGAUGCUGAUGAAGAGUGGAGCUUCAAUUCUACUGGCUUUAACCUGUUAGCUGUAGCAGUCCAUGAAUUCGGCCAUGCACUCGGCCUUCCCCACUCGUCUGACCUCGGAGCAAUCAUGUACCCUGCGUACAACUUCGCCCCCACUCAUGAGCUCCAGCUCUCCUUUCGUGACGUCAAAGAUGUCCAAAACAUGUAUGGUGUAAGUCCCAAUUUUGAUUCACUGUUCUCAAAAAACCCUCCCCCAAGAACACCCGACAAAUGUGAUCCAGAUUUAUCAUUUGAUGCAGUAUCAGAACUACAACAGGAGGUCCUCUUCUUCAAAGACAGAUUUAUGUGGCGCAGACAUCCUAAGUUUGAUGAGACAGGAAUGACCUUGAUCAGCAGUCUGUGGUCCGACAAUGUACCUUCUUACCUGGAUGCCGUUUAUGAGAAUGUGGAGAGGAAUGUUAUUGUGUUUUUCAAAGGUCAGAAAUACUGGAUCCUGAGGCAGCUAAAACUUGAAGAGGGGUUUCCAAGAAACAUCUCAGACUUUGGAUUCCCCUCCACAAUAAAAUCUGUAGACGCUGCUCUUCACUUCAGGAAUAAACGCCUCACCGUGUUCUUCACUGGAAAACAGUGUUGGAGGUACAAUGAGCUGCAGAAGACGAUGCAGGGAUCACCGACGCUUAUAGAGGAGCAGUGGCCGGGCGUACCAACUCCAAUAGAUGCAGCGGUCUUCUAUGAAGGAUUUGUGCACUUCUUCAAGGGAAAUAUUCACUACGAGUUCGACUCACUCUCCAAAAGUGUUGUCUCCACUGGCCCUCUUAACAACGAGCUGGACUGCAGGGAGACGGGGGACAAUGAAGUCCUGCCUGAGAGGAGAUGACAUGAGGAAAGAC